UUCGAGUGUAGUGAAACAGCUCGUAUCCUCGGGCACGGCAGCCAUUGCAGCAGAUAACCCGGCCCGGGCAGUCGGUGUGCACCUCACCCAGCUGCUCUGCUCAUCUUCCAUUUCUGGCUGGUCGAUAGAUGGGCACCUGGGGAAACCUGGUGAAGGCAAGAGUGGAGAAAGAAAAUGGAGGAAUCAGAAGAGACAAUUGUAAUCAUUGAAGACGAAGGUGAUGAUAAUGCUGAAAAUUAUGGCAGUGAUAAUGAAGAGGACAGCAGUAAUGAACAUCCAAUUAAUGAAAGCAAUGAUAGUGGAGAAGACAGCAGUUGUGAGGAGGCUGACAUGUCAAGUAAUGAGGAUGAGGUUGAUACAUUCUGCAAUAGUGAGAUGUGUGAUGAACCACAUGAAGACACAGAAGUUAUAGUCACUGUUGAGUCCACUCCUAAAGGGAAAAAUGAUCUUGGAGAUGAGAGUAUGCAAAGAUCCUCAAAUCCCACACCUCAGAGCAGUAAUGCCCGAAAAAAUUACAAUUUUAAGAAAAACAAAGGAAAGGGAAAAGCUGGCAAUGCAGGAGAUAGAUAUCCACACAGUCAAGGAAAAAGCUUUAACCCUCAAUCUAAGAAUAAUCAGAAGGCAAAUAACUUCAAGAAAAACAACAGAGAAGGUUUUAAAAAUGUGCAGAGCCCUUCACAGCAUAACAGCCUUCAUCAAAAAAACAGCAAAAGUGGAGAUGAUCAGAACUGCAGGAAUCAAAACAACAACAAUCCUAACCAAAAUGCUAACAAGAGUAACAACUUCAACAACUCAAGUGGAGGCAAGAACAACAGCCAAGGAGCUAAUAGCUCCAGUGCCAGUAAAGGACAGAAUAAUAAAAGCAACAACAAAAAUAACAAUAAUAAUCUCAAUAUUAAUAAUAGCAACAACAAUAAGAAGAACAAUAAUAAUAACAAUAAUAAUAAUGGUAAUAAUAAUAAUAGUAAUGCCAAAAAGAAUUCUGAAAGCAGUUACUCCAUCCUUACCAAAGACAUUCUUAAAGAAGUCAAAGUUGUUGUGAGCAAGAUCAUUCAUAAGAGAGUGUGUGCCCAGCCCUUGGACAGCCCCAUACUCAGACUUCACUACAGACUCUCAUCGCUGUUGUUUGUCCUGCUUUACACCAUAAUACAAGGGUGCUGGAUAUGGAAGGAGGCCAUCAUAUGUGUCAAUGGAUUCAAUGCGGAUGCUGAAGUUCCCUAUCGUAUCAAGAAUUACUGCCUGUCAUACCCUUUUGUUUUUGAAGAUUCCUUUGAGUCCGACGAGCGUGAGAGGCAGCGACGCUACAUCUUGUUCUAUCGCUGGACCCACCACUCCUUCGUGAUCAUUGCCUCUGUGUUCUACAUUCCAAGAAUGUUAGCAAAAAGCAAAGAUAAUCCUCGCCUCAAGCAACUGUUACAUGACCUGGCUGAGGGAGAACACAGGUAUGAUUGUUCCACAUGUGAGCAAGACACCAAAAAGAUGGUCAAGUACAUGAAUAAUCAUGGGAGCACUCAUGGUUGCCUUUACUUGUGGCUCAUCAUCUGUCAUGUGGUGGCCCUGGGCAUUGAUUGCUUGGUGGUCUUGUAUUUUGACCAUAUGCUUCAGGGUCGUUUUAUGAACCUGGUGUAUUCAGCUUACCCUCUCCAUCGUGAUCCACGCUUUUUCAAAGAUGAAUUGUCCCUCACAUUCCCUCCCUUUGUGAGAUGCAUGGUGGAUGAGCAGGUAUAUAUCAAUAACAAACGUGUAGAGUGGUUCGGUUGUCACCUCCUCUUGAUGGAUAUAUACGACAAGAUGUUUGUUGUGAUAUGGCUGUGGUUGGUAUUUUUAAUUGCAAUAACAAUCAUCACAAUAUUGGCCCUCUUCAUAUGGGUAAUUCCUCCUUUUAAUAGACUCUUUUUACUGAUGCACACUGAUUCUAAACAUGCUAAAAAGCUAAGAUAUAAGAUUGUCAAGAAAUUUGGUUUUACUGACUUGUAUGUCUUGCAUUUGAUGAAGCGUCAUAGAAGCGAGGCUGAAUUUAUUAUGGUGAUGUCAGAACUUGUCCAUUCUGAGGACCCUUGUCAUACAUUGAUUGAAUCCAAGUUAAAACAGAGCAAAGUUAGCUUUAAAGAUGAUGUAAUAUCAAAUGGUAAUUACUUUCCACAGUUACCUUCUAGGUUUGGGGAGGAAAAAUGGUGCAUGGACAGUACGCAACCGUUAAGUCCAGGGUUUCCAAUUGAAGAAGCCAUACGCAACCGUAAAGUUGACAGCUCAACUCCAAACCCAAAGUAUGAUGUUGAUGCAUCUUUUCAUAGGGGUCUUAAGAAUAUAUAGUCCCUGACUCAUAGAGCUUGAUUGUUUAGUUUGGUGCUUUUCAUCCUACAAACCAUGAUGAGUAGCAACCUCAGUAGUUUAAAAUUUGCAUUUGUUUGAAUAGUGCCAAUAUCAUGUGUUCAAGAAAUUGUCUUUCUCUUAGGAGGUAUGUUUACCCAAAAUUUCACAUACGGUAAAAGUACAAGAAUGUCAAGUAACACCUUGAAACCUAUAGAAAUUUAAUUUUGCAAAAUCUCAGGCAUGUGAAACUUUUAUAAUGAUUAAAAGUCUUCAAAUUUAUUUUUUUGGUUAUAUCCUCUUUACAGGAGAAAAGUGCCAUUAGUUGAUAUGUAGAUCCCAUAUUACAAUGAUGAGAUUUAGGUUUUGUUUUGCUCUGUUUUGUGAAUGGAUAUUUGCAUUGUGUGCACAUGUGCUUUUGUGCAGGCAUGUGUGUAGUAUGUUAGUAUACCUGAGUUGGUUGUAUGUGUGCAUGCAUGCCUGUCUGCCUGCUUAUGUGUGCCCAUAUGCCCAUGUGCUUGCACACAAUCUUUGCAUUUUUUUUUUAUUUCCAGAAUAAUUGCUUCAUGGAAUAUUUUGUGCAUUUCAUGAUCUACACUUCCUUAAACAACUAUUCUCAUCGUACCUUAUUGGUUUGUACCAUAGUGGUGUAUUGUCAUGUGAUGUUAGCUAUGAUUUGAAUUUCAUCAGUUGAAUUAAUUUUAGAUAUUGAUGAUGGUAAUAUAUGACAAAUCAUGCAGUGUAUGUGUACCUCAAGGAAGGACCAUACAGCAUCAUAUGAAAAUGUUUCACUAACAUGAAAUCAUACUUUCAUGUCAGCAAGGAUACUAUUAUUGUAUUAUUUUUAGUUAUUUACCUACAUUGAAGAAUGUAAAUAUCUAAAUUUAUUUUAGAAUUAUACUCUUCAUUCAUUACUAAAUUAGGUAGCAUUGCAUAGGUAAACCUACUGAAAACAAUUUCUGAUGUAGUGAAAGCUGUAGUUUAUGUGAUAUUUGAUUAAGAUCAAAUAAUUAUGUUAUGCUAGAUUUGGUUUAGAUAUUACUAAGGUUUGCCAUGUUUGGGCAUGUAUUCUAUUUUAAAGAUUUAUGCAUUGCAGUAAUCUGGCAUGAUUCAGUAAUCAUUAACGACAAGGCUGUGAGGCAACUCUUGUUCAGUCUAAUUGCCAUACCUUCUUUUCAUGAAAUGUUUGGAUGUAGUUUACACAUUUAGGAUAGUUUCCAUUUCAGUUUAGAUAAUGCAAUAUUUUUUGUAAGGCAUUAAGAGAGUCGAGGUGCAAAUUAUAGACCCAAUCUUCCCGGUGUGAAAGAAAACACACUCAUGAUAAUGGCAGUGUUACAAAACUUGCCUUGCUCAGGGAUUGCAGUCUCUUAAUGUUUUGUUUAAUAUGAGAAAAUAUAAUUGGCUGCUUUUUAGGUUGUUUGUGUUCAAAACAUUUUUUUUCCUAGAAUAGAAUCCUGUUGGUGGAAUAUUGUUUAAUCAACAUCCUUGGAUGUUGGCGUAAGGUUUGAAACGGAGGUGCUUUUUGUAUUUGGUUUCAUAAAUGCACUCUUUCAUAUUUACAUGUCAUAUUAGUUCAAUAUGAAUUUAAUAAAUUUAUUAAAAAAAGA